CAGUUGCCAUGGUAAUCGCGCAGCCGUACAAUGUGCUAGACGACUCGUGAUGUGCCCUGUCUUUGCGAGCAAUCAGAACACGCAUCGUUCCGCGGCUUCGUGCUGGCAAUUUGUAUUCCAGCAUUUUUUUUCUUAGUUUUCGUUGUUCGCCCUCCAUGGUUGAAACGGUUUUUCGUCGUACGUUGUAUUUUUCUCUUGUUUUUCCAAAUAAAAAAAGUUAUUCAGUUUAAUAUAUAAUAAUUUAUAUAUUUUUCAUUAUCGAAAGGUUAUACGCGAAUUUGAGUUUGAUUUUUUUUGUUCAUGUUCGUUGGUUCUUCUUCGAGUCGAGUAUACUCGUAAGUUGAGAAUCUCGAGUUGGUUUAGUGUGGUACACGAAUUUUACCCUUGAAUUUUUCAUCUCGAAGUGAAAAUCGUCGAAUUUCGUCGCCUGCAAGAUUUACAACUCCAGUUACCGUAUUGAUCGAACUUUGUUUUAUUUAUUUUGGUGAGUACAAUUUUUCACAGCAAGAACACUAGAAUAUGAAUCCAGUCACUCAAACUCAAAUAUUUGUACAAGAAUAAAUCGAGAUUGAAAUUCGCUCAAAGUGUCCGUCAAACUGUUUCCACAGGCUGCAACAACCGCCACAGGCGGUCCGACCGCCAUACGUUUGCCACCGGCCAGGUAUAAUUCGUUGUCGAGCAUGAUUUUAUUAUGGUAUUAUGGGAGGAGUUACCGAUGCAGAUCUUAGUGGUAAUCGACGACGAUUACAAAUAGGGUCAGAGACGAUGAUGAAAAAACAAUAUUGUUGCCGAAUCCGAUGAGAUGACGGUUGCCCCUCGAAUACCGAUCAUGAUGAUGUGGAUGAUGAUGAUGAUGAGCGCGAGAACGAGAACGAAGAAGAAGUAUCGGUAUGGACGGUGUAGCUACACUUUCUGAACACCCAGACGCCCCCUUCAAUGGACUGUUGCCGGGCUUGAAUGGCAUCGGUUUGGGCGUACAAGUGACAAUGACGCCGCAGCACGCGGCAGCCCUAAUGCAUCAUUUGAGUGCCGGAGGUGGCGUACCUAUUGGCGCUGCGGCUAGUAAUAUUUUGAAACUGAACAAUAAACCGUUAACGGUGCGAGAUCCUCCGCCACCGCCUCCCGUGCCCACGACACAGAUCAACGGUACCAGCGGCGCUCUGGUACCAUGCCCUAGCCAACAAAAUACCACCAACAAUCAGCCUAGUUGCGCCAGUCAGAAUAGUUCUCUGGUUCCUGUACAGUUAGCGGAUGUGGCCAAUGGUACCAGUAGUGCCGGAGGAGAUUCGUCGUCCGGCAGAUCUACUCCUAAUAAUAAUGAUCUUUCAUCGUCGGCCAAGCUGUUUGUCGGCGGGUUAUCGUGGACUACGUCGUCCGAGAAAUUAAGACAGUAUUUCAGUAUGUUUGGAAAUGUCACCGAUGUAUUAAUUAUGAGAGAUCCGCUUACGCAGAGAAGCCGAGGUUUCGCCUUCAUCACGUUCUCGGACCCAGACACGGUGGAUAAAGUGUUACAAGUGCCAAUACACACGUUAGACGGUAAGAAAAUAGACCCUAAGCACGCUACGCCGAAAAAUCGCCCGAAAGCCGGCAACAAAACGAAGAAAAUCUUCGUCGGCGGUGUCAGCCAAGACACCUCGGCCGAAGAAGUGAAAGCAUACUUUAGUCAGUUCGGUAAAGUCGAAGAUACCGUAAUGCUGAUGGACCAACAAACCAAACGACACCGCGGUUUCGGCUUCGUCACAUUCGAGAACGAAGAAGUCGUCGAUCGCAUUUGCGAAAUACACUUCCACACGAUUAAGAAUAAAAAAGUAGAAUGUAAGAAAGCCCAGCCCAAAGAACUGAUCCAACCUAGUCUGCUGCUCGGCAAACGUAUGAUAAUGGGACCUCUGGGCGUCCGAAUGGCCACACCGACGCCACAAGCCACCGCAGCCGCCAUCACACCAGUCAGCCAGCUGGCCGCAGUUCAGGCUCAAGCCCAAGCACAAGCUCAGGCAGCUGUGGCCGCGGUCGCAGCCCAAAAUGCAGCUGCUGCUACCUACGGUAAGCUUCUAGGCGCUUAUCCUGGUCUCGCCAGUUAUAGAUAUUCGCCUUAUCCGGUCGCAGCCAUUUCGGCCACUCCUACAGCCCAAACUGUACCCACUACUGCCACAGCGGCCGCUCAAGCCGCCCAAGCCACGCCGGUCGCCGCAGCCGCAGCUUUUCCAGCCGCCUACAAUUUGGCCAACGUCGAUAUGUCCAGUUUUCAGGGUAUCGAUUGGACUUCCAUGUACGGUAUGGGAAUGUACGUGUAAAAUUAUUAUUCGUCUGUAUCUCUCUCUCUCUCUCUCGUCUACUUGAAUACUUAUUUUUUUCCUUUUUUUUUUUUUUUUUUUUGUCUAAUGUAUAUUCUCGACAAAGACCAAGACGAAAAAAUAUCUUGAUUACGGUGUCGCUUCAACUAUUACUUUUUUUUUCUCUCUAUAUAUAUAAUAUGUAUUUCUCUCUCUCUCUCUUUAUGAAUUAUUAUAUUUUCGUAUGUUCUCGGAUGACAUCGUCUAACGAGUGUUUUUUCAUCUUCAGUCAAAUUUCAAUGUACCAUUUUUCAUUGUACCCAGUUGUUGCCUUUUUGACACGGUUUUUUCCUUUUAUUAUUAUUACGAUAAUUAUUAUUAUAUUUACGUUUUUUUUUCCUCUCUUCUUUUUUUUUUUAUAUACAUAUUUCUUAGUCAAUGGGAGUUGAAAAUGAAAAAACCAAACUAGUUUGCUCAUCGGUUUCAACUUAGUGCUAUUUUAUAAUAUGUAUUACGUUUUUAUCGCUCUCUUCCAUUAAGCAAUAAGCAAUAAAUCGCACUCAGUAUUAUUAAAAUUUAUGUAAAGUUGAAAAAUUUUAUUAUACGCGAAUGUGUCACUGUGUAUUUUGUUUUUUCUCUCAUCGUUUUUUGACUAUAGUCAAUUUUUUCCUUUAAACUAUUAACGAAAAAUUUCGCAGGUGAUUCCAAAUAAUUAGUGCCAUAUACUUAUAUAUCUUUUUUUUCCUAUUAUUAUUUUCAUGUAUUCCAAUUCUCUCCGCUUCUCUAUUGUUUUAUAGGGUUAUUGAACUCUUAUACGUUGUUUUUCUUUUUUCUAUUAUUAUUUUGUUCGGAUAUAAAAGCAUUGAUAUUUGAUUUUACUACUUUUUAGAAUUAUUAUUGUGUAUUGAUCUCGUCACAAAAUUAUCAAUUAUUCCUAAGUCGGAUUACUUUCAGAUCACUAUUCUAGUUUUUAAAAAUUUUUCUCGCGGUAUUGUUUACUAUUUUGCCCCUUUACUACGAAAAAUUUUUUCUAGUCAUUAAUUUUACACUUAGUUCCAAACUUAUUUGCUUAAUUUUUAAGGUAGUGGCUAGACAGGAUGAUCGUUUCGAAAGCCUGACGAGUCAUAUUGAAGGUUUUUUUUUCUGAUUUUGAUCAUCCUGAAGGUGAUCUUCUGUACUGUGUUGGUCGAUCAAAUCACCGCUAGCGCUAGAUUUUUUUUUGUUUUGUUGUUUUUUUGUUCUUUUUUUUUAAUAUUAUCUAAAAGUUUUUGUUGGGAAAAAUUUUUUGUGUUUUUUUACGUGUAAAUUUCUGGUCGCUGGGGGUGUUUUAGUGUGUAACCUUGUCACAGACAGAGCUGCCUCGAAGGAAAUAUCAAUAUCGUAAUGUUCCUUUACUUAAGAGUAGAUUCGAAUUUGCAUUUUAAUUAUAAAGUGUGUAUAAUUUAUUUAAUUUAUAUAAAUUAAUGAGAAACAAAAAAAAAAUAUUUAAAAAUUAAACAUUCCAAAAGCCUUCAGUCUACAAAAGGACCAAUAGUGAUUCAUCACAUAACAUGUACACUGAUCAGUAUAUAUGUCAAGGAUUCCGAUUUUUGAGACAGCGUUAAUAAACUGUCAUCAUAUCAAUACAUGUGAUUGUGAUGUGAUUUUUCCUUGUGUAAGUUUUGUUGUUAUUUUUAUUAAAAAAGAAAAAAUUGAAAAAAAAAGUAAAAUUAUGUUACGUAUACUUUUAUACCGAUCGAUUAUAUUUUGUAUCUUAAUGUACAAUCGACUUCUCUGAUUUUUUUUUCCUUUUUUUCUUUUUCUUUUCUUUUUUUUUUUUUUAUUUACUGUUAUGCGAAAUUUGUGUAAUUUUUAACAAUAUACAGAAAUUUUUUGUAUUUGAAUUCUUUUUAUUUUGAGAGAUCGGCCACAUUCACAAAUUUUACAUUGUAAUGGACGAGGAAAACAAAAACAAAAAAAAACGCCAACUACCGUAAUUAAAAAAUUUUUAAAGUCGCACUUUGUAAUAACGUGUCGCACUGAAGGUUUUUCGUAAAAAAUUUUAGUGAUCAGAUUAAAUAUUAUUUUUUUUUAUUUAAACGAGUACAUAGCGAGUAAAAUUUGUGAUUACCAGUCGUAGCUAGAGAUUAAGUUAUAUAGUGUAGUGUGAUUGGCUAAUUUUUAGAUUUAAUGGAUUUAUUUUUUUUUGUAUUAGAUGACAAUAUAAGAAAAGCAAUAUAUUUAAGAUUUUUACUGUAUUCAUUUAUACAAAAACCCUCUUUUUUUUGUACUUCGAAACAAGUAAAGAAAAAAAAAACAAAAAAUAAUAAAUAAAGCGAGUUGUUUAUUUGUAUAAA